CUGUCAUUCUAGCGAACAAAAUCAAAACAUUGAUUUUCACAGCAGAGGCCACACAUACUGAGCAUAGGGCAAGGAAAACUGUACAUAGCACGAAAUCUCCCGUCUAUUCUCCACCAACAACAUGUCCGGGGUCGUGCGUCGUGAUAUUUCGCCGAUGCUGCAAAGGCUGCGCGCCUUCCUGCUCGGUCGAGAACACACGAAUGCGCUUCGUUUCGAGGAUGGAAUUGCAGCCAGAACGCAACCACCACCGAACCUACCCGAUGGACCAGCGCACAAACUGUCGGCGAACCACUACGUGAUCCGUGAUGCGCGCCGCGAAGUUGCUCCACCAAUCGAUUUGACCACCCAGAAGCUACUGGCAGAGAAAGGAUCGGCCGCGAGACUGCCAACACCCGGCAAGUCGUACGGCUGGGACAAACACUAACCGUUACGGUUUCCGGCCUAGAGGUACCACAGUGAACAGUGAACUGUAGAGAAGUGUUUAAAAAUGUGUUUAUCAAGUACGGCGAGUGCGAAGAAAUAAAGAUCGGUUUUCUUCGUCCAAACGAA